ACCAUAAAUCGUCACGAAAUUAAAUUAACUUCUUAUUUCUUCAUUUGUUCCCUCUAAGUUAGAAAUUAGCCAUUGUGCGUUACAAGAAAUGGAGAGUGGGAAACACUUUGUUCUCGUUCAUGGGUCUGGCCAUGGAGCGUGGUGCUGGUACAAGCUUGUCACCCUGCUCAAAUCAGUCGGUCACCGCGUCACAGCUUUGGAUCUCGCAGCAAGUGGGGUGGACCCGAGGCGGCCUGAUGAGAUCGCUUCCCUAUUCGAGUACGUGCAGCCGUUGAUGGACUUCAUGGCCUCCCUGCCUCAUGGUGAGAGGGUGGUCCUGGUUGGGCACAGUUAUGGUGGCUUUUGCAUUUCUCUAGCCAUGGAGAGCUUCCCUGAGAAGAUCUCUGUUGCAAUUUUCAUCGCAGCCUUCAUGCCCAAUCAUAGAGACCCACCAGCUACCUGUUUACAGGAAGUAAGAAAAUCUCCCCUUUUAGGGAUAUCUAUAUAUAUGUGUGUGUGACAUCAAUUUUCAAAUUCUUAUUUGGAUUAAUAGGGCUUUAUUGUUACAAUUGUUACCUUUGAUUUAAGAAAUUUUUAGUAGAAAAUCUUAUUGAAUCAGUAGAUAAAUUAUAGAUUGAGAUUCACCCACCACCACGGUAUGUAACAAUAAAUAGGAUUACUUCCGUGCAUAAGACAAUUGUCUUUGCAAGAUUUGGAUAUAUUUAUAUAUGCAGCCUCACCUCUUCAGCACAGAAGUUAUUUACAAUCUUAUUCGAUCAGUAGAUACCAAAGCCUAUAGAUUAAGAUCCACGGAUCACCGCAACGAUAAAAGAGACUAAUUUGAUGCACAGGACUUACAGAAUCCGAAGGAAUUUUAUGUACACAAUCUCACCAAGAA